AUGGACACCAAAAGAUCACAAAAUGGACACAAAAAGACUUCAACUCGUUUCCACUUUGCUCCAAUGAAAGAAAACGAGCUGAAACCCUUGGUGACUUUCAAAAACCAUCGAAUUCAAUUCAACGAGAUUAUUGCUCGGGAGACUUUCGCCAAUGAGAAAUUCAGUGAUAAAAAGAUCACUCUCGUCAGCGUAAUGGGACCAUCGCGAUCCGGCAAAAGCUUUCUGAUGUCAAUUUUGACUGGUGGGCGACAAGGAAACACAGUCAGAGGAGCCUUCAAGACCGGGUAUGAGCGGUGCACGGAGGGGAUUCUCGUUUUCACUCAACCGAUGAUUUCUGAAGAUGUGAGUGAGACU